CCAGUAUCGACCUCGACGAGUGCACAGCAUUCAGCCGCCACUUCCCCAUAGGUAGCCUCGAGCUUGUGCCUGUCUUUCCGAAGCUAUACCAGCAGUACUUGAACGACCGUCUGACAGAGCCCCGAGCCAUGGGAAGCCAUGUCGCCCUCUUCAACCCAUCAAGCGCUCGGUAUCCAGUGAGCUACUCAAGAUCGACGACCUCACAAUAUACAUGGCAGCCUGUACGGAGUACAGACGAGGAGUCGCGGCGGAAUGGACGGGAGACCGCUUGCUUGCCAUCGUCGCUAAGUGGAGUGCAUUGGACAGGGAAGAGGGGAGUAGGAUAAGAAACCGAGAAAGCAACAACAACGAGUCGACCGUUUCGCCACCCGUAACCAAUAACCUGCGAAGUGUUGGAACUGGAUGAUUAUGUCACACUAUGAGUGCACAGCAGCGCCUGUGUGUCCAGAUCUAGCGGUGUGUACGUCGAUCGACCGCAACGCACCGAGAGGCAGUGCAUGGCCCAAGAACACACAUUACAAAGGAGAUGACUUUGCGAGAGAGCAAGGAACUGCGAGAUCUGACGAAGGCAGAUCGAUGGAUGGAUGGUGUUGAAGUC